GCCUUUCCUUCACCUUCACCUUCACUUUCUGCAAGGGACAACUGGACCCUCCGAUCCUGUUGCAUCUCCUGGGAAACUCAACCUGCCCCAGCCCCGCCAGGAAGAUGAGGAUGUCCAGGCUCUCCGUGGCUACCGUCCUGUGGAUGGCCGGCUGGUGCCUGCUGGUGGCAGCAGGUCGUGCUUCGGAACCGGGAGAUCCCGAGAACUGCCCCUCCGGGAAUUGCCCCCGACCCACCAAGUCGGCCACCCUGGUGCCCUCCUUCACUGAGACCCCGAAGCGCCCCACCACCCCUCCCCAAAAGCACACCACCACCCACCACCACCGCCGGCACACGACGGCCAACCGCACCACCACCACCCACCACCCGCACCACACCACCACCACCACCACUGCGGCUCCUACUACCACCACCACCACCACGGCCCCCCAGAACCACACCACCGGCCACCACACGCUCGCCCCGGCCAACCACACCAGCUCGGCCGUCCAGCCCACCACCAUUGCCCCGCCACAGCCCACCCAGCCGCCGGCCGUGCCAGUGGGCAAUUACACUGUCCGGCAGGGCGCCACCGUCUGCCUGAGGGCAGAAAUGGGGUUGCAGCUGCGGAUCCAGUACGGGGACAAAGCCAAGCGGCAGGUCUGGGGAGCCUUUGCGGUGCAGCCCAAACACACCAACGUCUCCGGGACCUGCUCCAACAAGACGGCCACCUUGAAACUACAAUUCCCAGAGGGCUUCAUUCUCUUCACUUUCCAAAAGAACGAAACGGAGAAGUUAGCCUACCUGAGCCAGGUGCAAGCCAAUCUCACCUACCAGUUCCCCCAGGCGACAGAAGCGACCACCUUCAGGGCCAACAACGCCUCCCUCCGGGAGUUCGCAGCCCCCCUGGGCAAAUGCUACCAGUGCCGUAACCGCAGCCUGGGCCUGAGUGAGACUUUCCGGCUGACGGCGCUAAGCGAGCGCAUCCAGGCCUUUCAGCUGCAGGACGGGAAGUUCGGGGAAGCGGAGCUCUGUCCCGAGCAGCAGAAGCGCUCCAUCGUCUUCCCCAUCGUGGUGGGCGUGGUGCUCGGCCUCCUCAUCCUCAUCGUCCUCGUGGCCUUCGCCGUGGGGCGGUGGCGAGGCCGUACCGGCUACGAGUCCCUCUAAGACCUCGCCCCCCCCCCCCUUUCCGCGAGACGCAGCUGGACCAGCCGACGGGAGACCUGGUCUUUUGACACCGACGGACGGAAACGGAUGAGAGGGG